UUCGAAAGUGUUUUCUGACCAAACAUCGAAAUGGCAUGAUCUUAUAUAGUUCUGUCAAUUUUCACUUUGAAUGUAUUCAAAGUCUGGUUGACGUCUUGCAAGUCGUCGAGUUUGAAUGAGAUGACCCAAUGAACUUGGUUGGUCUUGGCUACCCUAGCGUGGACCCAGCCAGGCUCAGAGUGACAGGCCAGCAGACACAGAACAGAGUGGCAGGGCCAGUGUCAGGAACAAGCCAGGGGACCAACGUUGGGCCGGCUUGUUUCUGAUUAUUGUAGUGGAAAGUGAGCCUUUAAUUCGACUUUGGCAGGGACGGGAUCAAACCAGCCAAGGACCGUACCUUGGGCUAAGUAAAUCCAUUGCCGGACAUUGAGCCGCACAGACGGUAUCAAAAUACUUUUGUGUUUGACACUACCCCCACCUCACCUCACCCCACCCAGGAAGACGUCCCGCAGUCAAAAUGAACCCCGACUUCUAUUUGCGCUACUACGUGGGCCACAAGGGCAAAUUCGGGCACGAGUUUCUCGAGUUCGAGUUUCGACCGGACGGCAAGUUGCGCUAUGCCAACAAUUCCAACUACAAGAACGAUACCAUGAUCCGCAAGGAGGCCUACGUCCACCAGGCCGUCAUGGACGAGCUGAAACGCGUGAUCGAGGACUCUGAAAUCAUGGCCGAAGACGACGCGCUCUGGCCCCAACCCGACCGCGUGGGUCGUCAGGAACUCGAGAUAGUCAUCGGCGACGAGCACAUCUCAUUCACCACCUCCAAGAUUGGAUCCCUGGUCGACGUGAAUGGCAGUAAGGACCCAGACGCCCUCCGUUGCUUCUACUACUUGGUGCAGGAUCUGAAGUGCCUCGUGUUUUCCUUGAUCGGACUCCAUUUCAAGAUCAAGCCCAUUUAACGGAUCCGUGCGUGGGCGUACUACUCGAUCGUGUGUUUGGGUGUUCUGUGUGUCAACCUUUUUUCAUAACGGCGAAUGGGAGCAUUGGGGCUGAAUCAAUAAAUGGGAUCCGCUCGGAACCAUCGCUUCGCGUCA